AUGAGCAGUAUCAUCGAUUCACUUUCUAGUACUGUAUCGACCCUCUACCAAACCCUCUCCAACGCUACUUCCUCUCGUGAAAUCUCAGUAGACGACGAUACCCAAACAUCAAUCAGAAGACUUAAGACUGAUCCGACAUAUUCACACUGGGGUACAGAGAAUUACAAGAUGUUGGAUAACCUCUCUCAACCUACUAUCGAGCUUCCAAUUAUCGAAGAAGACGGGAGAAAGAGGUUAGAGAUGCUCAGGGCCGAGUUGGAUAAAUCGAUUGAUACGGCCGAUCAAAUUAGAGCGGUUAGAUGUAAGGCUAGGAAAGUGGAUUAUGAGAGGGUGAAGGUUUUGGUCCAAAGUGUUUUGGGUGAGGUAGAUAACACAUAG